CGAUUUUUUUUUUUCUCCUCUCCUAAUUUAAUUUCAAUCCGUUUCCCGUUUCUCGAGUACACGCGCCGUCCGCGGUCCGGAUCCACGAACAUUUCCAUGUUUACGUGAUCAUUGUUAUCGUUUACUUUUGAAAUUUUCAAUUUUUACCGCCGAGUAACUGACCGAGACCGUUACGUCGUCCGUCCAAUCGAUCCGUGGUGCGACGAUCCGUUCUCAUUCUGCACGGUUUCCAUAGAUGGUCGACGUGCGACUCGUCUUUCAAGCGCAGCGACUGGUAAAACGUUGAAAUCGUUGCACCGGGCACACGUACGCCGUGAGUGCGUGAAAACCGAUUACGAAUGGAGUGGUCUUUCGCUUUACCGUCCCUACGGCGGCGACGACAACCACAACAUCAUCAACAACAACAACAACAACAACAAAAACAACAGCGACGACUGCUGCAUCAGUUGUAGACGUGUGUAGCGAGUUUUUUCGUGUGAUUAUUGUUGGUGCUACUACUAACUCCUCGGACUCUACCAUAAAUGCUCCGUCCGACUGAUACUGUUCGAUUACGAUAACCAGGGUGAUGGCCGAAGAUGUUUCGGAGAGUAGAGAUUGGGUGCCUUCAACUUCGGGCCAAAACCGUGGAGAACCAAGAUCCAGUGGUCCUAGAUCAUUGUUCAUACGACGAUCAGAAAAUGGAUUUGGUUUCACAUUACGUCACUUCAUCGUCUAUCCGCCCGAAUCGUACUUGGUUUUGGCUGGUGACGAACGGUUGGGUUUGCGACGGGGUACCGGCGUACGUCCGGACGAGCCAAUGGACACAAUUUUUGUGAAACAUGUCCGAGAACACGGUCCGGCGAGUGUCGCGGGUCUCAACACUGGUGACCGCAUAAUCAGCGUCAACGGUGAAACAGUGGCCGGAAAAUCUUAUGCUCACGUCGUGCAGGUCAUCCAACAAACGCAAUGUUAUCUCUAUUUGCUCGUUGUGCCCAUGGAAAAUGACAUUCUACAGUUGUACUUCAGCGAAACCGCUCACAACCCCGAGACCAACCAGAGACCCGGCCGUUUGAAAACGGCAAUGACAUCGGGCAGCGAGUUGCGUUUCCACCGUGGUCGCGAUUCCAGCCCUAUCUACCAGAACGUCUGGGAUCAUCAUCUCCGUGGAGGAAACGGCGGCGGUGGCAGCGGCAGCGUUAACGUCGGCGCGAAGUCGUCGACCGCGGCCAGAUUCGUGUCUCCUCACCGGACGCCUAGCGCCCGGCGUUCAUCCACCGCCGAGACGAACGGUGGCGGAUACCUGCACCACCGCAAUAAGCAGCCAUCUUCCGCGCACGUCAACCCGAGCGGCCGGCACAGCAUGGACAUCGGGGUGGCGUGUCGCGACGCGCUGCUCCAAGCGGACUCAUCAACGUCAUCCCAUUACCACCAUCACCACCACCACCACGCGGCACCGCCGCCCGACGACUCCAUCAUCAUGUCCCGAAUAAAGAAGAGCCUCGAACAAAAGGAAGAGUUCCUCCGGCGACCCACCGUACCGCCGCAGCAUCCCGCCAAGGAAUUCUACUCCAGGCCGCAGAAACUGUCCGCGCCCGUCUGGCCACCGGCGCAACCCGUCGCAAACCCCUGUCCCGCCACGAACCCUUGUCCUACUGCGGCUGUCGAUCCUGCCGCAGCUCAGCCGCAACCAUCGACGUCUGCGGUGGGCCCGCCGUCCAAGCCGAAGAGCAAACAGUUCGUGAACACGUUGGACAAGAUACACGAAGACGGCAGUGGUGCCGCAAGACCUGCACCCAGUACCACCGUGUCGGCCGCGGCGGAACAACCCGUCGAUCAUCACCUGAAACAGGCCAACCUACAGAUGGUGUCCAUGAGAGCCAAGCAGUUCGAGAGCGGCCGAGUCGACGACAAAACCGAUUUCUACAAGAGCGAACUGGCCCGGCUCUCGUCCAAACACAAUGUUCCUAACGUCGCUGUGAGAAAGAUGGAGUACGAGCAGAAACUAUACUCCGACAAGAAGCAGCCGUCGGCCGUGCAACCACAAGAAUUCAGAGAUGAUUCGAUCACUAGUAGCUGCAGUGGUUCUGACAAGUCAAUGUCUUUCACCAAGGCCGCUUCAGGAUACCAUUCAGGCAAUCUAAUUGUACCGAUCGGUAGCAGCAAGUUACACUGCGAUCCGCCUAAAGAGUACGACGGACAAAAAGCUGAGCCUAUUGCUAAAGAUGAAUCAUAUCGCUUCAAACCGGUGGUGCGUCAAGAUUCCUACCUGGCCGCAUGUAAAAAACCCACUAUCAUAGAGCGCCGAAACCAGAGGACGAUGGAAAACGGAGUGGAAAAGUCAAAAACCCGCCGGCGGAACACGCGACCGACGCGACUCGAGCUGCCCAAGGAUAGGCCGGUCAAUUUUGCCGUGCAGUCCAGUGGUUCUAGCCAAGUGUCUGGAGAUGAUACGGAAACUGCCGCCGAGCUGCAAAAACCUUGCGAUACAACGGUCACGUUGCGACCGAGUAAUUCGAAUUUUGAUAACGAAGAAGAACGCACCACUAGACGGAUAUCUUACCUGAAAGCGACGGCUUGGGGCGAUCACAUGACCGUCGAUGACUUCACUACUACUGAAUCUGAAUCCGAACCCUCGUCGAUUGUCGUCACUCAACCGAAAGUGCAAAAAAAAUGGCGCGCACCCAUAUUUCCGGGUGACAUACAAAGGUUACGGCGACUUUUCGAAGAUGCCGCUGCAAGUUGUGACCGUGGCAUACUUGGAACGAAGAAGAAUGGCCCGCCGUUCCAGGACCUUGGCAACAGUCGCGUCGUCAAAGAAGGAUCUUUGCUUUGUAAAGUGAUACAAAUCGACGGCAAGAAAGCAUGCGAUCGAUCGUGGAAACCGGUGUGGGCCGUUGUACGCGGACAAACACUGUGUCUGUAUAAAGAAAAACGAGAGUCGGUGCCUAACAUUUCGGUAGACACACCUGCUACAUUAGACAAGACGGAUGAUGUUAACUUAUCUUGUGAUCGUAUCAACUUAAAAACAUCCACUACUGAUGUGGCUCAUGACUAUACAAAGAGAAAGCAUGUAAUGCGACUAUGCUCUAACAACAAUGAUGUAGGGUGCACUGAAUUAUUGCUUCAAGCUGAUGACACAUCUUCCAUGGUGCGAUGGUUAAAAGCAUUACAAGAACAAGCUUUGGAUGUACAAGCUUCUCUAUCUGCAGAAGAAUGUUUAAGCGUCUCACCAGGAAAUACUAAGAGCAUUCGCAAACUUGCUACAUUUAGAAACCGUUCUCCUUCCGGUGAUUCACCUAUUACCAAGACUCGGAAACCUGAUCGUAGUCCUAGUCAAGCACAACCUCAGUCUCCCAAAUCGACAAACACGUGGAAAAAUAGAAUGGCUAAACAACUCAAAAAAAUACAACAAGGAUCUGGGUCACCAGUUUCACCCGUUAUGCCUAUUUUACCACCACCACCAGGCACCGCAAUAGGCAUUCCUCUGGAACUUUGUCCACCGUCAACUCAGUCAGAAUUUGUUCCUUUAAUGGUUGAAGUAUGCACAUCAAUAGUUGAAGAUAAAGGAUUGGAUAUUAUUGGUAUAUACAGGGUACCUGGCAAUACUGCAGCCAUUACAUCAUUAACAGAAGCUGUUAAUAAUGGUGGUAUGGAAACCCCAGAUAUGGCUGUUAAACUUUUACAGCGUGACCCUCGCUGGACAGAUGUCAAUGUUAUAUCUAGCCUAUUAAAAUCAUUCUUUAGGCGACUUCCUGAUGCCUUAUUAACAACUGAAAUGUACCCACAUUUUAUUGAAGCUGAUAAAAUUGAUGAUCCUGUACAACGAAUGGUUAAAUUACGUGAAUUGGUUCAUAAAUUGCCAGACCACCAUUUUGAGACUCUAAAGUAUCUGCUAAUGCACCUUAAAAGAAUUGUUCAACACAGUGGAGUAAAUAAAAUGGAAGCACGUAACUUAGCUAUUGUGUUUGGUCCAACGCUAGUUCAUUCUGCUGAUGACAACAUGGUAACCAUGGUCACAGAUAUGAGUCAUCAAUGCCGUAUUGUAGAAUCGCUAAUACUACAGGCUGAUUGGUGUUUCGGCAAUGGCGAUGUGGCAGAUCUAACAGCAUCUAUACCUGAAAAUUGUGGACAGGUUCCAGAAAUUGAACAAUCUGCUCCUAACCAAAACCUUUUGGAUAAUAUCAAUAAAGUUACUGGCAAUCAGUAUACACCAUUCUUGGCCAAAGAUCUUAUGACCAAUAUUGUUGCUGCAGCUAAUCGUAAAAUGCAUCGGGCUACUGGCAAAAAUUCGAACACAUCACGAAAGUCUCGUUCCAACAUAUCUAAUAAUGUAGUUCCACAAACCAGUGUGCCUUCAAUAAGUGCAGUUGAUAUUAAACAAGACAUAUCCAACAAAGAAAAAUUAAAUAGUUCAAAAGCCAGUUCAGAGACUGUAUCAAGUACUAGUCUUAAUGAAUCUGAAGACAGUCUUGAACGUUUAACAUCUAAUGAUCAAAGUUUAGAUUCACCACCUCAAAGUACUGAUUGUGCUCCAAUUAAAUCUUAUGUCAAUUUAGCUGAAACUACUCAAGAAAGAAUUAGACGAUUUGAACAAGAAACAAAAGCAAUGCUUCAGAGAGAAAUCAACAGAGGACAAAGAAGAAGAGAGUAUUUUGGACUUGAUGAACCUGUUACAGAACCAAAUGAAGCGUUAAUGCUUGCUAAAGAUUAUCCUCCUGUCAUGGUCAAAGUGCCUAAAGGUACGACUAAUGGGACAUAUGAUCAACCUAAUGAUUCAGAUUUUAAAAACAAUCAGAAACGAUUAAAAACUAGUAUUGAGAGUGCUGAUGAAUGGUCAGUAGAUUCACUUAGUGAUGGUUCAAGAAUAUCUAAAGAACGUCCAGUUAGUCAUGCGUCAGAUGAAGGAGGGGAUUUAUUGGUGAGCCUGACCUCCGCCUUUGACAAAAAACUUAAAUCUCUUUUAAUACCCAGUGACUCUGUGGAUCUUGAAGAAAAACUACUGGUAACUAAAUCAGAUGACGAACAAGCUGAUAUACAGACUUACAGAGACCCAAGUUUACAUAGGUCAUUGGAAAGACGCAGUCAGCAUAUAACUGAAAAACAUGAAAUUGAAACUAUGAAAGAUUUAGCCAGUGAAUCUGUGAAAGAUUCUUCGAAAACCAAACCAUCAGUAUCUGAUAAUUUUGAAUGUCUUCAAGACUUUAAUGCUAACCCAAAUGUACGUCUACGUCGUUCUGAAUCAUUGAAACAAAAAGAAAACCGUCCAGACUAUGGGAAUCAUGUAAAACUACGUCGAUGUGAAUCAUUAAAUAAACAUGAGAGAUAUAUUUCCAAGUACACAAAGUUUGAAGCAAUGAUGAUGACAAAAAACGGUGACGCUUCCAAACACCGGCGAUCUGACUCCCUCACUAAGACGGAGAAAACUGAAUGCAACAUGAACAAGCGAAAACAAGGUUUGUCUAGACGCUGUAGUUCAUUACGCGAUAAGGAAGCGCGCCAAAAACGUAAAAACGGUGUUACAACUGAUCGUAGUAUCAAGAGACGGCAUACGGUAGGUGGUACUAAAGAUUUUGAUAAGAUCACUUGGUUGGACAAUAAAGAAAGAGACGAAAUAGAGAAGAGCUGCAAAGAUCGGAGAACUAGUUCACCAGAUCUUAGUUGGGCUCGAGUAGUUGAUGGAAUUAAAGAAAGAGGUAUCAGACCAAGGAGCAUGGCUGACCCAAACUUUGUGUCUAAACUGUUGAAUGUACCGCUUGAAUCACACGUUUGA